AUGUCUAAUCAAACUUAUUAUAAAGAUGGUUAUGAUUCCACAAUUUCAAAUUCACAUGCUUGGAGAACAGCUGAAAAUUCAUGUGGUUAUAUGUUAUCAUAUUUAAAACCAACUGAUAGAAUAUUGGACGUUGGUUGUGGUCCUGGUACUAUAACUUAUGAUUUAGCCAAAUAUAUCCCACAUGGUGAAAUAAUUGGUAUUGAACCUACAAGGGAAUUAAUUGAAGAAGCAAUUAACAACAAGUCAUUAGAUCAUGAAGUACAAAGAGGGAAUGUUAAAUUUCAAGAAGCUUCAGCUUUCCAAUUACCUUUCCAAGAUGAAACUUUUGAUAUUGUACAUGCUCAUCAAGUUAUUAUUCACUUAUCAGAACCUUUAAAAGCUUUAAAAGAAAUGAGGAGAGUAUUGAAAAAAGGCGGCCAUUUAUGCUUUAGAGAUUCUGAAAUAAGAUCUGCAUUGAUUUAUCCUGAAGAAUAUGAAGAUCCAAUAUCAUAUUAUUUUGAAAAGAUAAAAUCAGAAUUUACAUCAACUAUAGCUGCAUCAAGAGCAAAACACUUAACAAUAAAAGCUGGGUUCAUACCUGAAAAUAUUAUUAAUACCACAUCUACUUGGUGUAUAUCAAAUAAAAAUGAUAGAUUAUGGUUUUCUGAACUUUAUUUGAAAAGAUUAACUAAGAUAAAAUUCCAACCAGAUGAUAAAUAUGAUCAAGUUCAGCUAGAGACCGCAUGGAAACAAUGGGCUAAUGAUGAUUAUAGUUGGUUUGUUAUGUUACACGGUGAAAUUGUUGCCAAAAAAGAACUAGAGUCAUAA